ACCGGCUCUGUUCUCUCCGCAGCGCCCCGGGAUGCUGCCGGGCGGCCGCAUAGCGCCGCAGGGCCCGGCCAUGGGUCCUCCCGGCUACGGAGGGAGCCCCGCGGUGCGGCCCGCGCUGGCGCAGGCCGGGCUGGAGCAGGCUCGCAAGCGGCCGGCGCCGCAGCAGCUCCAGCAGGUGCAGCCGCAGGCGGUGCCCAACCGCAACCACAACGCCAAGAAGAAGAAGAUGGCAGAUAAAAUCCUCCCACAGCGGAUCCGUGAGCUCGUGCCCGAAUCCCAGGCCUACAUGGACUUGUUGGCCUUUGAGAGGAAGCUGGACCAGACCAUCAUGAGGAAGCGCUUGGAUAUCCAGGAGGCUCUGAAACGCCCCAUCAAGCAAAAGCGAAAGCUGCGCAUUUUCAUCUCCAACACCUUCAACCCAGCCAAGUCGGACGCGGAGGACGGCGAAGGAACCGUCGCCUCCUGGGAGCUCCGGGUGGAAGGACGGCUGUUGGAGGAUUCUGCUCUGUCCAAAUAUGAUGCCACCAAGCAGAAAAGGAAAUUUUCGUCCUUCUUUAAAUCUCUGGUCAUUGAACUUGAUAAAGACCUGUAUGGCCCUGACAAUCACCUAGUAGAGUGGCACAGGACUGCUACGACUCAGGAGACAGACGGCUUCCAGGUGAAGAGGCCGGGCGAUGUGAACGUGCGCUGCACUGUCCUGCUGAUGCUGGAUUACCAGCCUCCCCAGUUCAAGCUGGAUCCACGCCUGGCUCGGCUUCUGGGCAUCCACACCCAGACCCGGCCCGUGAUCAUCCAGGCCCUGUGGCAGUACAUCAAGACCCACAAGCUGCAGGACCCCCACGAGCGGGAGUUUGUCAUCUGUGACAAGUACCUGCAGCAGAUAUUUGAGUCGCAGCGGAUGAAGUUCUCUGAAAUCCCACAAAGGCUUCACGCCUUGCUGAUGCCCCCCGAACCGAUCAUCAUCAAUCAUGUGAUCAGUGUUGACCCAAAUGACCAGAAGAAAACAGCCUGCUAUGACAUUGACGUGGAGGUGGACGACACCCUGAAGACUCAGAUGAAUUCCUUUCUGCUCUCCACAGCCAGUCAACAGGAAAUUGCUGCUCUGGAUAACAAGAUCCACGAAACAAUUGAGACCAUCAACCAGCUGAAGACACAGCGUGAGUUCAUGCUGAGCUUUGCCCGAGAUCCUCAGGGCUUCAUCAACGACUGGCUCCAGUCCCAGUGCCGGGAUUUGAAGACAAUGACUGAUGUCGUUGGGAAUCCCGAGGAGGAGCGCAGAGCCGAGUUCUACUUCCAGCCGUGGGCGCAGGAAGCCGUGUGCCGAUACUUCUACUCCAAGGUGCAGCAGAGACGGCAGGAACUGGAGCAGGCCUUGGGAAUCCGGAAUACAUAAGCUGCUCUGCUCCUCCCCAGGCAGAAGCAUCACAGCUGUUUGUGGACACAGAGCUGCAGAGCCACUGUUCCAGCUCACCGAAUCCCACUCUGGCAGCGAGGCCCACGUUAUUCAUCCUGGCAUUGUCCCUGCUGGGGCAAGUCCAGCACACCUGGGGCAAGCAGACAGGCUCCAAUGAGCACACAUUUCUACCUGGUUUUCUUCCUGACUGUUGCCUUGUCAGUCCCAAGGCUUCCACGAGCGUUCCCACGACCCCGCACUGCCCGUAGUGUCCCCGGUAGCCAGAGUUACUCAGAGCCUUCUCUCAGCCCAUUCCUCCCCAGCCAUCAUCUGGCUGGGCACUCAGAGCUGGCUCUGAAGCCUGGCUCUGCUUUAAGGUGUGGCUGGGCUCUUCCCUGCCACGUUUUACAGCCCGUGCCAGGCGCUGUUGUGGGCAGGAUGCCAUGAGCUGACAUACCUCCCUGCCCUCACCCCCUCCUCGGAGGGUGCUGCUGCACUGGGCUGCCUCAUAGGUCACUCUCCUCCUUGAGGAAGUUACUGAACUGUGUAGAGAAUUGCUUCUUCCCCUUCUCCCUUCUUCCCUGCCCCGUUCCCUUCGUUUCCUGUGAUGGACUGUCCUAGGCUGGGAUCACAGGGACACGAGGCGUUGGCUUCCUGCAGGGAUGUGGAAGCGUUGGAGUGAUGCAGCGCUCUGCACUUCAAACACCUACAAGUGGGUUCCAGCAAACCACGUGGCUGCUUGUUAUCCCUGGAGCAGGGAGAGGAGAUGCAGCAGCUGCCUGGAAUUCUGCAGGGACAGUGUUGUAGGCUCAUUCCUUUGGGACAGUUGUCCUGUGUCACUUGCUGUGGGGACCAGAGGCUCCUUCUUGUGGAUCCAGGGGUGUAACAGGACAGCCCUUGGAAAUGGAGAUUUUUUUUUCCAAGCAUAUGUGAGUUAGCAGGUGUUUCAUUGCUGAAGCUCCUGUGGUUUUUAGUCAAGUUUUAGGCUGUGGGGCUGCCAUAGGGCCCAGCAUGGUUCAGGAAUGUACAAAUAGAUUUUCUCCACUGUGAGGAGUAGCAGCUCUGAUGCCUCCUCCUGGAAUGAGUUACUGGUGGUCAGGCUUAGGAGAAUUAAACAGCUCCUCUUCACCCCGAUCCCAGUGUUUCUGCUCGGGACUAUAAUGCAAAUGGACUCAAAAGUUGGAUGGACUCUUGGAAUAGCUGCAGGAUCAUGUUACUGAUGAGCCCUCGCCCAGUUCAGUGUGGCUGGGGAGGCUGCUGUGAGUUGGAGCACCUGGGUGGCCCUACUACUCCUUGUGUCUGUGUUACUACAUGUCUGUGAGUAAUAGACUCUCGACUUCCCCUCUCCUUUGCCCUUCUGAAAUGCUCCUCUGUGGUACUGGGGUGAAGGUCUUGGUGCUGGAGGAGCAGCCCCUGGCUCCUCAGGGUACUCCCACAGGAGGGAUGCUGAGUCCUACGUAGACAAAACGUAGCUGUUGCAGAGUAACUGCUUUUCUUAACUGAAUAUUACGGUUUUUUCCAUGGACCAAAUUUUUUUUUUUGUACUGUAUCCUUGUAGACGUCACCCAGUUUUAAUAAAAGACUCCUGUGAAGGAAGCUGUCCUCCUCCUUCCAUGCUGACAGCUCUCACUCUCCCAGCUGCCAUGGGGGAUGAGCCUGGUGACUCCCAGGGAAGGGACAGGAUUAUCUCUGCUUUCUUUUCAAAGCCAGCAGGGUUGAGUGACUGGGGAGAAAAUGUUCUUCAUAUUUUGGCCUUUUAUAGCGAGCCCUUCAUGGAGGGAUCUCCCAGCUUGCAGACUCUGCUAAACCUUUGCAAAGUGCUUUUGUGGUAAACAAAGUAACUUGAGCAAAACUGGAAAUCCAGAGGCCAGUGCUAAUAAAUCCUGAACUGCCCCGUGUCCACUUA